GGCUUUUCAUUAUACAUUCUAUUCCUUCACAUCAGACAUCUAAGAUUCUCAAAAGUAGGUCACAACUACAACACCAGACACAUUCACACACAAUUCUUGUUUGCUUCAAUUCAAAAUGAUGACUUUAGAAAAGUUGUCCUCCGAGCUGCAAAAGAUGACACUCUCUGACUUUUCAAGCGAAGGAUCAACUUGCCAUAAAUCUGCAAUAGAGACAACUUUGGGUUCCUACAGCAAAUUCAAAGAUUCAGGAAUUGUAAAGCAAACAAUGAAGCAAAAGGUCCAGCUCCGAAAAGCAAGGAUUCAACACCCCUUUAAAGUAAGUCGUGCUGAAGGACUGGAUUGGGCUCACAGAAUUCUGGACAUCGAGGAAGAGGCGGAAUCUAACUGGGCAAAGAUCUUGACUAGAAAGAAGGCAUCUGGUAAUACUUACGACCUUAAAGCCAUGAUGAGCGAGUGCGAAAAUAUUUGUGGUGCCGGAAAUGCCACAGAUUUGUCAAUCCGAAAAGCGGAUAUGCCACAGGAACAGUUUAAUCCGAUCCCAAAGGAUCCUAAAACGGCCUCCCCGACCUGUGAAUGUGAUAAACUAGAGGAUAUUUUCCCUUAUGGAGAUGCUCAGACACAGAGCCAGGACGAAGUUAAUGUCGACGAGCUGGCCUGCUACUUCGAAAAUAUGGCCAACAUACCCAAGAGUCUAUCGCUCAGUGCUGAAAUGAUGUACACCUAAUAUUGGUAAUGGGAAGUGUAAAUUGUUAGAUUUGAAGGAAUAAAAAACUUGCAUAUUUUGUACUAUA